AUGCCAUAUCAUCAUCGUUUCUUCUCUCCAAGAUGGGAUCACGCUUACGGAUGGGGCUUUGCGACCAGCGGGUUCUAUCCUGCAUUGAUGAUGAUAAGCUGGCUGAUCCGGGGGUACGAGCUCGAGAUCUUUACCGGCCUUUUGACAGACAUCCCUCAUAGCACCUCCAGGCCGCAAAAUCAGAGUCUUCUCUUAGUGCGUGGUAGACGCCUCGUUCUCUGUGUCCCGGGGCCCCAGAUUGGCGGCGCUUACCUUGAUGACCUUGCUUCAGAGAUGCCUUUCGCUAAUGCCAUUCCUCCUAGCCCUGGGACAAUAUCUAGGCAGGAUUCUCCUCUCACUGCUUGGUAG